GCAUACGUACGACGGGUGGCGGGGUGUUUUGCGGCGUGUGGAGAAGGACAAAGACAAUAGUUCUAGGCCUAGCCUAGUUUGCGAAAAGCUUCCAAGGUAUUUGACUUGGUCAUUUACGGAAUGUCCUUAUCACAGUAUAGAACAUUCUGUAUUUUAAUGUCUCUGGUCAGUAUAAUGCUGUAAAUCAAAAUGUUGAGGUUUUUCCCUGGUAAAUUUAAACAUGAGGAGAAAAAUGCGAUUGAAAUAGAAGAGGAAUAUGAACAAACAAGCAUUCCACGGGAACAUUUGGAAAUGAACAAUGAGGAGAUUAAAUAUAAAUGUGAACAUUGUGGAGAGAAAUUUGAUUUAGUUACUUUGAAAACACAUUUGGAAAUUAAAACAGAAGUGUCACCAUUUCAGUGUUUACACUGUGGAAAGAAAUUUGAAAAAAGUUGCCAUUUGAAAACACAUUUGAAAGUGCACACAGGGGAGACACCGUUUGAAUGUGAGUAUUGUGGGAAGACAUUUAAGCACAGUUGUCAUUUGAAUAUACAUUUGAGGGUGCAUACAGGAGAGAGACCAUUUGAAUGUGAACAUUGUGGAAAAAAAUUUAAGAACAGCAGCACAUUGAAAACACAUCUGAGGAUACACACUGGAGAAACGCCAUAUGAAUGUGAACAUUGUGAAAGGAAAUUUAAACAAAUAAACGGUUUGAAUGUUCACUUGAGAACACAUACAGGAGAAACGCUAUAUGAAUGUGAACAUUGUGGAAAGAGGUUUAAAGAUGGUAGAAAUUUGAAAGCACAUUCAAAGAUACAUAAAAGAGCAGUGCUAUAUCAAUGCGAUGAACAUGACCAGAAGGUUGAUGACUGCUUGAAGGAACAGAUUGGAAUUGAAACAGACAAUCCAUCACUUCAUUGUGAAUAUUGUGGAAAGAAAUUUAAGCACAGUUCUCAUUUAAAUAUACAUUUAAGGGUGCAUACAGGAGAGAGACCAUUUGAAUGUGAACAUUGUGGAAAGAAAUUUAAGCACGGUUGUCAUUUGAAUAUACAUUUAAGGGUGCAUACAGGAGAGAGACCAUUUGAAUGUGAACAUUGUGGAAAGAAAUUUAAGAACACCAGCAACUUGAAAGCACAUGUGAGGAUACACACUGGCGAGACCCCAUAUGAAUGUAAGCAUUGUGGAAAGAAAUUUAAUCAGAUAAGUGGCUUGAAAAUACAUUUGAGAACACAUACAGGAGAAAAACCAUAUGAGUGCAACCACUGUGGAAAGAGGUUUAAAGCUCGUAGCAAUUUAAAAGCACAUUUGAGGAUACAGAAGAGAUGUUAUUGGAAGGUCAAUGAGACUUAAGGUCCGGCUACCAAUGUAAUUGCCACUAUAUUAACCAAGAGUUUUUCAAUUAUCAAGGCAUCUAAUUGUUAAGUCAAUCGUGACGUCAUCACUGCUUCUCCCAAUGUUUUUUGCCUACACCUUGCAGUCCACUAAUUUUUCAAUUAGUGGAAGCUUGGCUUGAUUUUUUUUUUUAGGUUUGUGUGCAAAAAAAAUUUCCUCAUUUUUUAGUCACUGCGAACAUGUUGCGCACUGCGAUGAAAAUUGGAAUUGUAAUUGAAAAAUACUGUACUUUUAAAACAAGGUUAAUUAGUAUCCGAAGAAAGUUAAUUUAAAUUCAAUAUUAAGUAUAAACAAUUAACCCUAAUAAACUAAACAAACUGAAUGUUUAAUACUGUAGGAAUAUUCUAGACUCGAGGAACAAAGUUAGAUGUAGGCCUACGACCAGGCAGGAGGCCGCCGGGGCCUCCUACUACUACAGGCUAGCCUACGUAGCGAAAUUAUCCCACGAUUUUUACCUGUCUGCACCAACCAAAAAGUUAGUGACAGUGACUAUAUUGUCUCUCGAAUGCUUAAAAAAUGUUUAUUUCUUUGACGAAUGUGAAACAUUACAAAGUUCUUCUUAUACAAUACAAAUUAUGAAAUAGGCUACAGUAGUUAUUCAUCGUAUCCGUACUGUAUGUGCAGUUAACACGUACUACAGGAGCACAAAUCAGCAUAUGCACAGCUAAAUGUACGCACGCAGUAUACUGAUCAUACCACUAUAGCAACCGAUAACAGCUACAGUGCAACAGUUGGUUAUCAAAAAUAAUAUUAAAAGAUGGCGAUUGACUUAUAACGCAAUUAGUAGAGCAUGCAUUGUACACUAGCGGAAAACUAUUAUA